GGCGCCAGAAAUCAAGGGUUUAGUGAGGAGCUUGUGCCUGUCAGCUGGCGGAUAUGUGCCAUUAUCUCUGCUAUGUUGGCGGCACCGUAAACGUUAGACAUUUUAAGGCAGAAUAGCGGCUGCUUAUCUGUCGUCCGUGCUGGUAUAAAGUUAGCUUGGAGUCAAGAUGGUGAUGCUACGCAGCAGCGGUGGCGGAGUCGGAGCUGAGCCGGUGGCAACAACUCCGAACAGGAGGUCGAUGGAGUUGGAAACAAGCUCCGAGUUUCUGUCUCUGCUUCCCGCGAGAAAGUCCGCCCGGCAGACCCGGUCCUCCCGUGCCCUGGAUGACAGCUUCAGCAUUCCCGUAAACACCACGGUGAAUGGACAUGCGGACAUGAAGCAAGAUGAGGGAAGUGAACUCCAUCACUCUCCGAGGACCCGAGGGCAGAGAGUUAAACUAGAGGUCUCUUUUGCUGAAGUGGGGACAAAGACCAGCUCCCCUGUUAAUGAAGAGAACUCUGGAGGAGGAUCCAUCAGGAAAUCUUCCAGGCUGCAGAGAGAGGGAAAAGCAUCCAGUGGCAAGCAGCAAGCAGAUGUUUCAGAUGUGGUGGAGGGGUCAUCAACUCCCAAGAGGAGCCGCUUUAAUCUACAGAGCCGAGAGGGGGAGGAAGAAGAGGAGGAAGGUUCAGUGCGACGUAGUUCCCGAAUCACCAGAUACAAACUGGAUACCCGUAACCAGUCAGUGCUCUACGACCGCCUCAUCACCAAUACUGCUGAAGCUGUUCUCCAGAAGAUGGACGACAUGAAGAAGAUGAGACGCAGACUGAGGAGCAGAGACCGAGAUAAUGAAGAAGAGCAGCUCGGUGUGUACACCAGGGGCAGAAUGACAAGGUCUCUAAGGGCAGACGUGGAGAGUAAAGAAACCAAGGAGGAGAAGCAAGAAGGUGAUGAGGAUCAUCACGAUGAAGAGGAGGGGGAAAGUGGAGAAAAUCAGGAGGAGGAGGAGGAGGAAGGUGAUGAUGAAGAAGAUGAGGAUGGCGAGGAUGAGGAAGAAGAAAAUCAGAGGCGUUAUGACUUCAGACAGCGAAAGACUGUGGUUCGCUACCAGGCCCCACAGGAUGAACCCAGGAAGCGCAGCAUGUACUUAGAGGAACACUCGUCUCCUACCAGACGCAGGUUUAGAUUCAGCUCCACAGCGCCCAGGAGCCCCUACAACAGAAGAACCAGCAGGAGUAGUUCUGAGAGAAGGCGACACGCUAUCCACAGUAGUGACUCCACUUCCUCAUCUUCAGACGAUGAGAAAUUCCAGAGACGGAGAAGUAAGAACAGGAGCAGGUCAGUCAACAGAUGUCUGCCGAUGAACCUUGUGAAAGAUGAUCUGCUGGGGAUCCACAAGGACCGGAUGAAGAUUGGAGCCAGCCUCGCUGAUGUGGACCCCAUGCACAUAGACAAGUCGGUGCGGUUUGAAAGCAUCGGAGGUUUGAGCAGACACAUCUCAGCGCUGAAGGAGAUGGUGGUGUUCCCUCUGCUCUACCCAGAAGUCUUUGAGAGGUUCAAGAUACAGCCUCCCAGGGGCUGUCUAUUUUACGGUCCUCCAGGCACAGGGAAAACCCUUGUCGCCAGAGCACUGGCCAAUGAGUGCAGUCAGGGAGAUAAAAAGGUGUCUUUCUUUAUGAGGAAAGGAGCUGACUGCCUCAGUAAGUGGGUGGGAGAGUCUGAAAGACAGCUACGACUGCUUUUUGACCAGGCGUACCAGAUGCGUCCAGCCAUCAUCUUCUUCGAUGAGAUUGAUGGUUUGGCUCCCGUCAGGUCCAGCCGUCAGGACCAGAUCCACAGUUCCAUUGUGUCGACCCUGUUGGCUCUUAUGGACGGAUUAGAUGCUAGAGGAGAGGUUGUUGUGAUUGGAGCUACAAACAGACUGGACUCCAUCGACCCAGCACUGAGAAGACCAGGGCGCUUCGACAGAGAGUUCCUCUUCGGCCUGCCAGACAGAGAGGCACGAAAAGACAUUCUGAAUAUCCACACCAGACAGUGGACUCCACAUCCCUCUGACAGUUUUCUGGAAGAAUUGGCAGAUGCAUGUGUUGGUUAUUGCGGAGCAGACAUCAAAGCGGUGUGUUCAGAGGCUGCCCUGUGUGCACUGCGGCGUCGUUACCCACAAAUCUACUCCUCAUCGCAGAAACUUGUGCUUGAUGUCAACUCCAUUGCUAUCACAAACAAAGACUUUAUGUCCGCCAUGUCCAACAUGGUGCCUGCAGCCCAGAGGGCAGUCGUGUCACCAGCCAAGGCCCUGAUUCCCGCCAUUCGCCCUCUGCUGAGAGCCGCCCUGCUAAACAUUCUCCACACGGUCAGCAGACUGUUCCCGCAUGCUGAGCAGGGUUUAAAGAGGAAGAGAGAGCGAGAUGCGGCCUGUGGUGUGUCUGAGGAUGAGCUGAUGUUCAGUGAAGAUGAGAACUUAGAAGUCGGCAUCAAUGGACAGACGCCUGCUGUUAAGGGGCUCCUCAACCUCAACAGGAGUGUGCUGAGCCACCCGACUUCCUACCGUCCCAGGCUGCUGUUGGUGGGCAGACUAGGCUCAGGUCAGAGCUCCCACCUGGCUCCUGCUGUCCUCCACGCUCUGGAGAAGUUUACUGUGUACACACUGGACAUGGCUGUGCUGUUUGGAGCCAGCACAACCGCACCGGAAGAGACUUGUGCUCAGAUCUUUGUUGAAGCAAAGCGGACCUCUCCCAGCAUCCUGUACAUCCCUCACAUCGGACAGUGGUGGGAAACAGUGGGCCCGGCCUUAAGAGCCACCUUCCUCAGCCUGCUCAGCUCCAUCCCUGCCUUUGCUCCCAUACUGCUUCUGGCUACGUGCAACCUUCAAUAUGAACAACUUAGUAUGGAGGUGCAGGAGUUGUUUCGGAUGGAGUACGGAGAGGUUUUCCACGUCCAGGUCCCCACCAGCAGAGAGAGAAGAAACUUCUUUGAGGAUCUAAUCCUCAAUCAGGCUGCCAAGGCCCCUGCCUCAAAAAGGAAAGCAGUGCUCAAUGCAUUGGAGGUGCUUCCUGUCGCCCCUCUACCUCCCCCACGUCAGCUGACGGAAGACGAGACCCGGCGAUUGGAGGAACAGGAUGAAGAUACCCUCAGGGAGCUUCGCCUCUUCCUGCGUGAUGUCACCAACCGCCUGUCCCAAGACAAACGCUUCAAGGCUUUUACAAAGCCUGUGGAUUUAGAAGAAGUGCCAGAUUAUGCUGAGGUGAUCAAGAAGCCUAUGGACCUGUCAACACUUCUCUCUAAGAUUGACCUCCAUCAGUAUGGGACGGUCAAAGAGUUCCUCCAAGACAUAGAUCUCAUCUGGCAGAAUGCCCUCGAAUAUAACCCAGACAGGGACCCCUCAGACCGUCAGAUCCGCCACAGAGCAUGUGCAUUGAAGGACACUGUCCAUGCUAUCAUCAGAGAUGAACUGGAUGAAGAUUUUGAAAAGAUAUGUGAGGAGGCCAAAGCGUCGCGCAGCACAAGAGAUAGCUCCACUGUCCGGUUUGCUCCCUCCUUCUACCACGUCCUUCCCAAACUGUCCAAAUCUCCUGCUGAGAUUGAAAAGACUGAAAAGACUGAAAAGACUGAAAAGACCCCACAAAGAGAGCCGGCUGAAGCCACUCCCAACACAAGUGCCUCUUCUGUUAUGCCUAAAAACACAGCCCAGAAGAAGAAAAGGCGGAAAAGUCGCUGGUCCUCUGGCUAUAUAUCCAUAUAUUCAAAGAAGAAGUCUUCCUGCUCUCCUCACACAUCCAGAGAUGAGGCACAUUUAGGGUCUGAUGAGGAAGAUGGGAACGAUGAGGAGGACGUUGAGAAGAGAGGAGGAGCAGAUUGUGAUGAGGGGACUGGAGGAGAGGAGGAUCAGAUGAUUACUGAUGUAAAGUCCGGGCCAGCACCAGCCAAGGAAGGUGGUUUUGCGCCCACUACAAAGGAGCAGGGCAGUCGGCAGGGAAGAGAAGAGACGAGUCAGGCUGCUGAAGAUAAGAUUAUCCUGUGUGAAUCAGAGAAACCUGAAAAUGAUGACGAGAACGAAAAACAAACGGUGGAUAGAUCUGUCACAGAUCAAUCAGGACAGUCAGAGGAAAACAAAGUAUUGACAAAGGCAGGAAAUGAGAACAAUGAAACCAUUUCAGUGAACACUAACAAGGACAGCUGCACUGAGACAGAAGGAGAUGCCCAGGGACAAUCCAAUACAGAGGAGAGUGGUGAAACAAAUGGACUAAACCUGACAGAAACUGAGACUGGGAAAUGUGAAGCUGUUAUACAGGCAGACGACAGGAACAAGGUAGUUACUGUAGAGGAGGCAGAGCAGAAUAGCCCUGCUGAACCAAUGGAGGUGGAAGCAACAGAAGCCUCAACCACAGACGUCUCUGCAGCUCGCAGAGGAGAGGAGGACACGGGCAGAGAGCAGAGCGUGAGGUGUGUGACACAGCCUCUUAAGAACGCUGUGCUGCUGCAGCAGAUGGUCGAUGUGGACAAAGUUCAGCAGAUCCUGGACCAGGACACUCCUCGUCUGGUGCUGGACAGAGACAGAUUAAAGGAACUGUUGGAGAGAGUAGUGUCCAAGACUGAAGGCUACGAGGUCAACAAGCUGGAGAAACUCUACGCUCUGCUCUGCCAGAGCAUCUACAGACACAGACGAGACUAUAACAAAACUUUACUAAUACAGGAGCUGGAACAAGAGAUUGAAGACUUCUGUUGACUUUCUACAGGAAGAAUAUGAUUAUUAUUAUGUUUUCUUCUCAUCCUCUUGGCUGUGUAAAUAUACAUUAGUUAUAUUUUCAUAGAAAUCUACAGGCACUUAUAUUUGUGAAUUAGCUUAAUCUUUGUAUUUCCUCUAUUGUUUAUAUUUAAUUAAAUGUUUUUUAAAUGUU